AUGAGAGUAGAUAUGAAAAAGAAUGGAACCUGCUGUGUGAAAUAUGUUUCAACCCAUGUUGGCCACAAAUCCGAGUUAUGCCAUCUGCAACUAACAAAAAGAGAAAGGGAAAGUAUUGCUGCAGAUAUAGCAAGUGGCAUACCAUUCUCUGUCAUAUUAGACAAAAUUCGAGAUACAGUUGUAGAUUCGAACUUGGAAAGGAUACAUUUGAUUACGAGACAGGAUCUACAUGAUAUAGAUCAGUCUUAUAAUUUGUCCUUCAAGUCAAUAAGACACCAUAAUGAUGCAAUAAGUGUAGAAGCAUGGGUAAAUGAAGUAAAUGGUGGAGACAGUCCUUGUGUGAUUUUCUAUAAACCACAGGAUGUAGUCCUUGAUUCGUACCCACAAUUAAAGCGCUCUGAUUUUGCAUUGAUAAUUAUGAACAAUGCUCAAGGCGAGAUAUUAAAGAAAUAUGGGAACGACUGCGUUUGUGUUGAUGGGACACAUGGUCUUAAUGGAUAUAAUUUUGAACUUAUAACUCUACUAGUGCUAGACGAUCUAAGACAAGGGUUUCCAUGCGCGUUUCUAAUAUCUAACAGGAAUGACUCCCAGAUGCUGUCCAUAUUUUUCCAGCACAUAAAGAGGCAGGUUGGAUCAAUUUCGCCAAAUGUUUUUAUGUCGGAUUUGGCCGAGUCUUUCUUUAUUGCAUGGAAUGAUGUCAUGGCAGCUCCAUCUAUGCGACUUUAUUGUACAUGGCAUGUUGAUAGAUGUUGGAGGAAGAAUAUCAAAUGUAAGAUUCAAGGUGUAGAAAAACAAGGUGAAGUAUACAAGCAAAUCAGAACUUUGAUGCAUGAGCAGGAUGUAGAUUCAUUUGAUGAGAUGUUAAAUAUUGUGCUAGAGAGAUUGGAAUGUGAUCCUGAUACAGUUCAAUUUGCCACAUACUUCCGAGACAACUAUGUUGGGAAUGCAAAUUCUUGGGCAUAUUGCCAUAGAUUGAAUGCUGGAAUCAAUACCAACAUGCAUAUAGAAAGAAUGCAUCGCACUAUUAAAUAUAUAUAUCUAGGUAGUAAAUGUGUCAAGCAUUUGGACAAAGCUAUUUUUGCAUUGAUGUCAUUUGUGAAGCACAAGCUGUUUGACAGGCUUAUUGUGCUAAAUAAAGACGAGAAAACAGAAAUACUAGCGGAGGUAACGAAAAAAAGUGUUAAUGAUUCUGUACCUUUGUCAGUCCAAAGAAGGGAACUUAUCGCAGAGUUUUCUGGUAUGGUAUCUGAGCUGACCUCAAAUGACUUAGAAACUGCUAAAAAAAUGUUAUCGUCACUAAAGGCAACUGUAGCUGUCGGAAUGUUGCAGCAAAAACAGGCACCGCUGCAGAUAGAAAGGAAACAAUCACAAAAGAUUUUACCUCAACGUAGACUGUACUCUACAAAGAAAAACAAAAGGAGUAAUAAUGCAUCUCUGGUGCUACCAAAUUCAGAAGAAUCCAGUUUGAUCAAAUUAUCUCUACUGGCAGACAAAGAAGAUGCACUUGUGGGAAAAGGUAUGUUACUAGUGCCCCCGCCCCCGCCCCCUUCCCCUCCCAACAACGUACAUCCCUGCAGCAAAAAAUGCUUGUAA